GUUUACUAUACACUAUAUUAUAUAUAUUAAAAUUAAUAAAUAAUAAAAUGGAUAAUAGACCAAAAAGAGAAAAAAAAACAAUUACAGAUAAUUCAACUUUAAAAUCUAUUGAAUUAAUAAGGAGGGCGAGAAGCACAGGUGAAAAAAGAACAGCACAAUUACAAAAAGAAGAUGAAGAAAAGAAAAAACAAGAAGAAGAAGAAGAAGAAGCCAAGAAGAAUGAAACUGAAUUUGAUAAAGAAGAAAGAAAGAGAAAAAAUAGAGAUUUCAUUGAAGGCGAUGAUGGAUACCGUGAAAAGAGUGACAAUGAAAACGGUAGUGGUGAUGAUGAAGAAAACAGCGAAGAUGAUUUCGAUGACCAUGACUUGGAAAACGAAGAAAAUGAUCAGGAUUACAGUAGUGAAGAAGAAGCUAUAGAAGUUGGCCGUAAAAAGAGAAACAAAAAGAAAACUAAACAAGAUGGUGAAAAUGAAGAAAAGAAACCAAAAGCUAAAAGAGCCCCAAGAAAACCAAAAGAAAAACCACAACCUGAAAUACCAAAAAGAAAUAUUAUGGAAUUUUUAAAUCCAACAGUAAAAACAAAUGAUACAGGUUCUUCAUUCUUUUUUGAUAAAUUAAAAAAAGAUUCAACAAAUACCACUUCUACAGCCAAUAGUUCAAAAUCAACAAAUGGAGAAUUAGAUUUUGAUGCUAUGCUUGAAGAUUUACAAAGUGCUCCAGUCGAUGAUCUUGAUAUUGAACAAUUAAAAGUUAAACAACAAGAAAUGGAAGAAAAAUUAAAAAAAGAAAAGGAACAAAAAGAAAAAGAAGAAAAAGAAGAAAAAGAAGCUCAAGUAUCAAUUAAAGCUGAACCAUUAGGUUUAGAUGAAGAUCCAGAAUUUGAAUUUGAUAUGGAAUUUAGUAAUCCAGCUCCUCAAAACAAUAUAAUCAUCAAAAACACACCCUCAACCAAUACUAAUAAAGCACCAAAAAUUACAUUACCAACUAAACAACAAUUUAUUUCUCCAAAAACUCAAGGUGAUGAUUGGUGGAGCAAAUCUGAUGAUAGUGUUGUCUCUGUAAAGAAAUUGGAAGAAAUUAUGCCAACCAACGCAGAUUUAGUCGAAAAGAAUAAGGAUGGUUCAUUAGAAUUCUUUUUAUUAUCAACUGAAGAAGACAGACAAGGUAAAAUUAUUUUAUUUGGUAAAAUUAAAACAAAUACUACAACCGAUAAGAAGAAAGAUAAGAAAUCAACCACCUCUACCGCUACUUCUGGGGACAAAUAUUCAUCAUGUUGCAUUUUCGUUGAAAAUAUGAUUAGAAAUGUUUUCUUUUUACCAAGAGAUUAUAUUUUAGAUGAAAGUGGUGAAUCUACAACUAUUCAAACAACAGAUGAAAGGAUUGAAAAGGAAAUUAAAUCGUUAAUGGAAAAAAAUAGAAUCAAAGACUAUAAAAUUAAAAAAGUAAAGAGAACAAGUGCUUUUGACUAUCAAGUUGCCCACAAAAAUUUACCCAUCUCUGAAGAAUUAAAUGUUUGGAAGGUUUCAUAUCCAUCAACUCACCCAGCCUUACCUAAUGAUAUUCAAGGUUCAACAUUUAGAUGUGCUUAUGGUAUUACUUCAUCACCAAGCGAACUUUUCCUUCUCAAGAGAAAGAUUAUGGGUCCAUCUUGGUUAACAAUCUCAGCUGGCUAUCAAAUGGAGUUUUCAAUUGGUCAAAAGAAAUCAUAUUGUCGUUAUGAAAUCAAAACUAAAUCUUUCAAAGAUAUUACACCAUCAAAAGCCAUCAAACCAUCACCACCAUUAGUAGUAAUGAGUAUUAGUACCAAAUCUCUUGUCAAAGAUUCCUCACACGAAAUUGUAAUGAUCAGUGCAGUCAUCCAUGAAAAAAUUAGUUGUGAUGGUCCUACCCAAGAAGAAAGCAACGUCAAAUUUAUUACUGCCAUCCGUCCAUUAAGCGGUAAAGUUUUCCCACCCGAAUUUCAAAAGAAAGAUUCAACCAAUCAAAAUCUAACCAUCUGUACAAGUGAAAGUAAUCUUUUAUCAUUCUUUUGUGACACAAUUUUAAAUAUAGAUCCAGAUGUUUUAGCUGGUCACAAUAUUGAUGGCUAUGAUAUCGAAAUAUUAUUUGACCGCUUAGAAAAAUUAAAAGUUAUUCAAUGGUCUCAAAUUGGAAGAUUAAGAAAGAGAAACUUUGAUAAAUAUAAUACAAUUUCAGGUCGUUUAAUUUGUGACUCUUAUUUAGUUUGUAAAGAAUUUUUACCAAAAGAAAAGAAUUAUUCAUUGGUCGAAUUAUGUAAAUCUCAAUUAGGCAUUGAAAAUAAACAAGAAAUUAAUUACCUUGCUAUUGAACCUUAUUACGAUACCGCCAAAAAAUUAAAUAUUUUUAUUGAAAUUAAUGAAAAUGAUUGUUUUGUUAUAUUUAAAUUAAUAUUUAAAUUACUUGUAUUCCCAUUAACAAAACAAUUAACAAAUUUAGCUGGUAAUCAAUGGAAUAAAUCAUUAAAAUCAAAUAGAGCAGAAAGAAUCGAAUAUUUAUUAUUACACAACUUUUAUGAAAAGAAAUAUUUAUUACCAGAUAAAGUCUAUCAAUCAAUAAAGAAAGAUUCAAGUAAUAGUGGCUAUAGUGGUGGUCUUGUAUUAGAUCCAAAGAUUGAUUUUUAUGAUCGUUAUGUUGUAUUAUUAGAUUUCAAUUCAUUGUAUCCAUCCAUUAUUCAAGAGUUCAAUGUUUGCUUUACAACAAUUCCACGUGAAAGAAGAGAAGACGGUAAAUGGGUCGAAGCUGAACCACCAUCGUCCAGUAUUAAAAAAGGUAUAUUGCCAACUGUAUUAAAAUCUCUUGUUGGCAAAAGAAGAGAGAUUAAAAAGAAAAUGGAAAAUGAAAAGAAUGAAACCCAAAAGAAACAAUUAGAUAUUCAACAACAGGCUGUAAAAUUAAUCGCCAAUAGUAUGUAUGGUUGUUUAGGUUUUUCAAACAGUCGUUUCUUUGCUUUGCCAUUGGCCGAAUUAGUUACUCGUAAGGGUAGAGAAAAUCUUCAAAAGGGUGUUUCUAUUGUCGGUAAAAUGAAUUAUGAAGUAGUUUAUGGUGAUACCGAUUCCUUAAUGGUUUAUACUGGUGUUCCAACAUUCAACGAAGCUGAAACCAUUGGUAGAGAAAUUCAAAAGAAAAUCAAUGAAUCUUAUAGAAACAGUGUUAUGGAAAUUGGUCUUGAUGGUAUCUUUAAGAGAUUAUUAUUAUUUAAAAAGAAGAAGUAUGCCUGUCUUAAAGAAUAUCGUAUUGAUGCCAAUACUACCGCUACCGAAAGAGAAAACAAAGGUUUAGAUAUCGUUCGUAGAGAUUAUUGUGGCUUAACUAAAGAGAUGGGUCAAUAUCUAUUGGAUCUAAUUUUAUCUGGUGAAGAAAAGAUUGUACUAUUCACUUUAAUCAAAGAAUAUCUCGAAAAGACUAGCCAAAAAUUAAAAGAAAACUCUUAUGAAGUCGAUAAAUUUGUAAUCACAAAAACACUCUCCAAACCAAUCGAAGACUAUAAUGAUGCUGAUAUUCAACCACAUGUUCAAGUAGCUAUCCUUCAAAAAAAUAAAGGUCAUCAUAUCCAAGUUGGUGACCAAGUACCUUAUGUAAUCACUAAAGGUGAUAAAGAAUGGUACCAAAGAGCACGUGACCCAAAAGAUGUAGAGUCAAUGGAAGAUAUUGAUACUGAUUGGUAUUUAUCACAACAAAUCCUACCAUCUAUCCAACGUAAUACUGGCCCAAUCGGAACCGAAGGUGCACAACUAGCAACAUGGUUAGGUAUGACCAAUACCAAAUAUCAAAGACCAGAUUCCGCAGCAUCUGCCCAAAGUGAAUAUGAUAAGAAUCGUCAAAUUGUUUGGUCUUCAGAAGAUUUUAGAUAUAAACAGUGCAAAUCAUUCAGUUUCGAAUGCCCAUACUGCUACAAUGAUAACGAAUUUACAUCAGUCACCAAGGCCAAUAACGAUGACCAAAUUAGAUCAGGUUUCGAUUGUGCCCAUUGUAAUGCUAAAGUUCCUAUUAAAAAGCUUUUAAAUCAAUUACAAAUCAAUAUCAGAAACUAUUUAAAGCAAUAUAAUAAUUGGGAUCUUCAAUGUACCGAAUGUGAAAAAGUUUCAAAAUCAUAUAAAGAAAACUCAUAUCGUUGUCAAAGACCUCAAUGUCGUGGUAAAAUGAUUCAAUCAAUGACAAGUUCAAAACUUUUUAAUCAAAUUAGUUACUUUUUAAAAUUAUUCAAAACCGAUCAUGUAAACAAUUUGUCCGAUUCAAUCCCAGUUGAAGAUCAAAAUAUAAUCAAACAAGCCAAACAAAUUAUAGAAUCUUUCCUCUCCAAAUUUGAACAAUAUAAUGUAGAUUUAUCAUCACUUUUAUUAAAAGAACAAUCACUUUCUUCAUUUAAUGGAUUUUUAUUAAAUAAAAGAAAUAAUAAUAACUAUUGAAUUAAUUAAUUAAUACCAUUAUUAAUU